AUGCUCACCUACCUGUCGCGCUUCUCCGACUACGUGGCGCGCUGCAUCUUCACAUGUGGGUUGGCGCCCGUGCUUCGAAGCGCGGCGGAGGUGUACGCGGCCACAGUCCAGCGCAUGCUAGCGCGCAACCGGCGCUUCUACGCGCGCUACCCAGAGGACAUCAAAACGGUGCAGCAGAUCGUUGUCCACUUGGCAGACGCGGAGCAGUCAGAGGAGGGCGGAGGGGUGGUGUUGCCUUCGGGCGGCGUGUUGACGGUGCGCCGCUUCCAGAUGCUGGGGCUCAUGUUAGGCAGCGGCAGCGGCAUGGAGGCUCUGCACUGGAUGCUGGAGACCGCCUGGGAGGAGCCCCCCGGAGACGGCCCCGAGCUCUCGACGGCGUUUCUGCACGCCGUCGACGCGCAGCAGAACGCAUUCGAGACCAACCCGGUGUACUGGGUGCUUCACGAAUCCAUCUACUGUGAAGCGGGAGGCGCCUCCAAUUGGGCCGCCGCGCGGGCCGUGGCUGAUUCUGGCGAGUUCGACGCCGUGGGAAACGCAGAGAAAGGCCUCCCCGUGAGCUUCACGGGCGAGAUGGUAUUCCCUUGGAUGGGGGAGGAUUUCAAGCGGUUGCGCCCGCUGCAGCGAGUCGCCACGGAGCUGGCGGCCAGAGCGUGGGACAGACAGCUCUACGACCGUCAGAGGCUGAAGGACGUGGCGCAGAAAGUGCCCAUCGCCGCCCUGGUGUCGUACGACGACAUCUACGUGGAGCGGCGGUUCAGCGAAGAGGUUGCCGAGCUCCUGGGGAAGGAGGCAUGCAAGCUGUGGGUCACCAACGAGUUCCAGCACUCAGGCCUCCGCGACGACGGCGAGCGCGUCUUCGAAACCCUGCUGAAGAUGACCGACGACGAGAUCAGCCUGCCAUCAUGA